UCAAUAUCACAUCUGAAAACUGAGAAAUCUCUCAUACAUCUGGCCUAAAAGAUCAGAGCAGAUCCUCUUGAGAACCAUGAAGUCUUUUCUGAUUGCUGCUUUUGUGUUUGGACUCUGCUGUGCCGUGCUAGCAGAGGAUGAAGAUCAUAGACAGAAGCGUUCAUCAAGCCGUUCCUCAGAGAGACAGCCUGGAGGCUUCUUCAACGCAUUUCAGCGUCCUUAUCCGUAUCCAUACUUUCCUCCAUUCAUCCCUCAGCCUCAGCCUCAGCCACUGCCUCUGCCUCAGUUCCCGAACAAUAAUGCUCUCCUCAGCCUCCUGCCAUUUCUGUUAGCACAGUUGGCAGCUUCUCCUGCUCCUGCUCCUGCCCCGGCCCCUGCUCCGGCUCCAGCUCCUGCUCCAGCUCCUGCUCCCCCUGGAGGCAGAUAAAAAUCACAGCUCUAUCCUUACAUAUGAUUAUGGGUGCACUUGUCCUUCUAAUUAAAAAAAUGCAUCAAAAAAUAAUUCAGAGCACCUUUUAACCAAUGACAGAAUUGAAUCUUGCUAUUAUGGGAUGGCAUUUAUUUUCCUGGAUCAAAAGUCUUAUUAGUUUUGCUCUUGGUCUCUAAAAAAUGAGAAUUAAUAAAUAAUCUGUGUUAAAUAA